AUGGCCAACCAGGACUCGGCUCUUCAAGGACAAGGCGGCGCGGCGGCGGCGGCCAAGCCCGAGAUCAGCGUGACCGGGCUGAGCUACAAGUUCGUGGACGGCUCACUGGGGCUGCGCGACGUGUCGCUGGAACUGCCGGCGGGCAGCCGGACGUUGCUGAUCGGGGCGAACGGGGCGGGCAAGACGACGCUGCUGCGGCUGCUGUCGGGCAAGCGACUGGCGCCGUCGCAGACGAUCCGGAUUGCCGGGGUCGACCCGUUCUCCGCGGGGCUGGAGGGGGUGACGUACCUGGGGCUGGAGUGGGUGCUGAACCCGAUUGUGCGGACGGACAUUGCGGUGCCGGUGCUGCUGGACUCGGUGGGCGGGUCGUUCUACCCGGCGCGACGUGACGAGCUGGUGCGCAUCCUGGACAUCGACCUGAGCUGGCGCAUGCACGCGGUCAGCGACGGCGAGCGGCGCCGCGUGCAGCUGGCCAUGGGGCUGAUCCGGCCCUGGGACGUGCUGCUGCUCGACGAGAUCACCGUCGACCUCGACCUGCUCAGCCGCUCCAACUUCCUCGCCUGGCUGCGCGGCGAGACCGAGCGUCGCGGCGCCACCAUCGUCUACGCCACCCACAUCCUCGACAACCUGGUCGGCUGGCCCACCCACCUCGCCCACAUGCACCUCGGCCGCCUCAAGGAAUGGGGGCCCAUGGCCAAGUACGAUGCCGAAACCGACUGCUACACCAACAGCGGCAACAGCAAGCUCGGCGAGCUGGUCCUCAAGUGGUUGAAGGAGGACCUGCACGAGCGCGGCCCGCGCAACCAGAUCCAGAACCAGAACCGGCCCGGCCAGGGAAAGACUUACGAGAGUCUCGAGGGCUUGGGCGGCUAUGGCCUCGAGAAGAAGGCCGAGGACGACCAGUAG